GCGGCGUGCAAUGAUCCCCGGGCUGCAUCACCCCGGGUGCAUGCCAGAGCCGGGCUCCCCACCGCCCCCACAGGGGCUGGGGGCUUCACCGAAUCCCGGGGCUCAGCAAAAGCGGGAGCCGCAUACUCCCCUGGCUGCCGGGGCACGGGAGAUCCAGGCCCUUCCCUCUCCCCGGCCUCCGAAGAGGAAGGAGGCUUCUCCGUCCUUCCAGUGGAUGGGCUCAGUGGGGCAGGAGCGUGACAGGUCAGCCCCUGCCGCUGGUCCCCCAGCUGCCGCUGGAGGAGAAGGGGGUGGCCCCCCCGCGCCCCCUCCCAACCUCACUAGCAACCGGAGGCUGCAGCAGACUCAGGCCCAGGUGGAUGAGGUAGUUGACAUCAUGCGGGUGAACGUUGACAAGGUGCUGGAGCGGGACCAGAAGCUGUCGGAACUGGAUGACCGAGCCGAUGCCCUGCAGGCUGGCGCCUCCCAGUUUGAGACCAGCGCCGCCAAGCUCAAGCGCAAGUACUGGUGGAAGAACCUCAAGAUGAUGAUUAUCCUGGGGGUGAUAUGCGCCAUCAUCCUGAUCAUUAUUAUUGUUUACUUCAGCACUUAAUGGACCCUCCGAAGCCAAAGCCCCCCCCUUUUUCCCCCAGGAGCUGCGGCCGGGAGAGGCGCAAGGGGCUGCAAGCCCCCCCCAUAAUCUCUCCA